AUGAAGCUUUUGGCAGCCUUUCUUGCCCUGACUCAAUCAUUCCUUGUCCCGGUCAACGCUUCACCAUGGAUCGGAACAGAGUACAUCGCUAUAGUCGAGACCACUGUGGUUGAUGGCUUCACAAAUAGUUAUCUAACGGAGACACCCUGGGUGGAAACUGAAACAAUCCGGAUAUCGCCAACUGGAACCAACCCUUCUGUCAUCAGUACAUUCACUUCCGUCGACACAUUUAGUUCCGAUGUCACUGCGGUAAAUCUUGUUGUCGCACCAACUGCUGGAGCUGCGAUAACGAGUGAUACAUACUACAACUAUUAUGUCAACGUUGUCUAUACAGCACCUUCAUCAUGCUCUUAUACGACCAGUCAGACGCUCACAACUGCAAUUCCAAUCUACAUGCCAUAUGAAGCAAAGGCUCUUGUCCAUCCUACUGCAGUCGUGACGAGCAUCGAAACAUACGUAUAUCUCACAUAUCGUGACACUAAUACCAUGGCUAUGUUAGCCCCGAGUGACAUUCCUCCAAGUGUCUUGGCCUCUGCGAGCUCCUAUUAUGCACCAGCAAGAUAUACUGCGUGCAGUAAUAGCUACUAUAACAGCGGUCUUGGAACUGAAGGUAGCAGCAGCUACUCGGAUUGUGACGAAUUCACCUGGUAUAUUGGCAACUCACCCUUUUCGGGUGGAUACUGCUGUGAUGAUGGGUGCCACUAUACCUGGGGCAUCACACCAUGGGGUCUCGCACUCGCGAUCUUUUUCGGAUGGUUCGGCCUUUUCCUGAUCAUUGGUCUAGUUGAGAGCUGGUAUAUAUUCCGUCGGGCAAUGUUGGGACAUAAAGCGCGCCGCGGUUUACCAUAUGGAUUCGCAUGUUUGUGUCCGGUGCUUUCGUGCCUCUUCCUGCUUUCGGUCAAGAAACACCCCGCGAAGACACCUGACCAACAGGCAUGGCUUGCUGCAAGAUGGAAUGAGAUAUCUGUUGGAACUAAGCUUGGGUUAUGGCUGAAGAAUUUCUUUAGCCGUCGAGAUCCCGCCGCGCAGGCACUCGGUUUUAGUGGGCCGGCACCUCCACCACAAGCAGCAUUUGCUCCCCAGAGUCCUAUAUACCCACCGGUCGGCACACCUGGAGCGCCUGGUAUGCCGCCAAUGGGUGCUUAUCACACUCCAACACAGCAAGGAUACCCGAUGCCCAUGUCUGCUCCGAGGGGCGAGGAGCUGGCGGGGGAGCCGAAAACAGUUACUGUGAAUGAGCAUGAGAGAACCCAAUAA